GGGUUCAGCUCUUCAGUGAUGUUGGCUCAGCUGCGAAACCUUUCUCACCGGUCCCUGCGACCAUGGUCCGUAGCGUCCAGCUCGCGACAAUUCACUACUUCCUUCGUCGUACGGGCUCAGAAUGAGGAUGAAGAACAAGAGUUCUCUGAUCCCGAGAUGCUCUCGGGUGCUGACGAGGAAGUCAACACGACCCAGAAUCCGUUCCCGGACGACGACAAGGGUUACUCCGCGUGGAUAAACGGCGAGGGAAGACAGUUUAGAGAACCUCACAGAUCGCGUAACUGGCUUGGAGGGAACGUUACACCCUUCCCUCUAAAUUCUACCUUCAAGCCUCCUAUACCUGUAUCGGAUGAAACGCGCACACUGAUAUACGAACAGUUCAUGUCCGACCCGACGAAGAACAAUGUGCGCGAACUGGCUGCGCUUCACGGCCUCAGCAUCGCUCGUGUCGACGCCGUUCUGAGGUUGAAGGGUCUCGAAGAACACUGGAAGAAGGUUCGUGUGUCACCUCUCUUACCGUACACACCCGUGGUUAUAUCGAUUUCAACCUCAUCUGAAUUUGACUUUCUCGACAUUUUUAACAUCAAAAUUCUGACGUGUUGCCAACAGGGUAAACGGCUUCAGACUGGCUUCCAGGUCGGUAUGGAGUACAUUCUGGGUGUCUCAGAACGCAGGAGGACUGUCUCUGGCACUGAAGUGACAGCCUUGAGCGAAGAAACUAUCAAGGCUGAUAUUCAGUACGACGAGGAGGGCUACGACACAAAGGCCCGUGAGCGCUACCAGCGGCUGUUCUGGGAGCCUACGGUCGAGGGCCAGGAACCCAUUAUCCCGGACAUACUUGAGAAGACUCGUGCUUCCAAGGCGAAGACAGAGUCCGAUGGUGUCGUUACUAAUAUUGUCCAGCGGCCAGGUCGGCCGGAGAUGCGCUUCGUUGAGGUUGGCGACAAGUAUGUCGAUACUAAAAUUCUCAAGAAGAGGGCUCGGGAUGCCGCGCAUCGUGCCCACCUGCGUGCUCGCAAGCAGCAGAAGAAACAUGAGGCUAUUGCUGCCGCCAAA